GAACGCAGCACAGACCGAAGUAGCCGCGUGCCGAGUUUCGUUCCCAGUUCACUCGCUAACUGUCAUGGCGUUGUUAAAGCAAAGUUGCUGUGUAGCGGGUCGUUUUUCCACAAACCACCGGUGGUUAAGUCCCAGAUCGGCUCCACUUGGAUACUCGAGCUGUCUGAGCACGGCGGCCAGGUCCUCUGCAGACAGGGAGGACAUGAAGAAGGAGCUUCAGAGCCAGGACGGCCCCGGGCUGCAGGACUUCAUUUCAGGGGAGCUCUCCGAGAGGAGCAAGUGGGCGGAGUACAGAGGCAACCUGAAGAGACAGAAGGGGGAGAGGCUGAGGCUUCCCCCAUGGCUGAAGACGGAGAUCCCCAUCGGCAAGAACUACAACAGGCUGAAGAACACGCUGAGGGAGCUCAACCUGCACACGGUGUGUGAGGAGGCCCGGUGCCCGAACAUUGGCGAAUGCUGGGGUGGAGGAGAGCACGGCACAGCUACAGCAACCAUCAUGCUAAUGGGCGACACCUGCACCCGGGGGUGCCGGUUCUGCUCGGUGAAGACGGCCCGUCGGCCCCCUCCUCUGGACCCAGACGAGCCGUACAACACAGCCAAGGCCAUCGCAGCCUGGGGGCUGGACUACGUGGUUCUGACGUCCGUCGACCGAGACGAUAUCGCUGACGGAGGGGCCGAGCACUUUGCCAAGACGGUUUCCAGCCUGAAGGAGAGAAACAGUCACAUCCUGGUCGAAUGCCUGACCCCUGACUUCCGCGGCGACCUGGCAGCUGUAGAGAAGAUCGCCCUGUCAGGCUUAGACGUGUACGCCCACAACGUGGAGACGGUGCGAGAGCUGCAAAGGUAUGUCCGGGACCCCAGAGCCAACUUCGACCAGUCCCUGAGUGUGCUGAGACACGCCAAAAAGGUCAAGCCCAGCGUGCUCACCAAGACCUCCAUCAUGCUGGGUCUGGGGGAGAGCGACCAGCAGAUAACCAGCACCAUGGCCGAGCUGAGGGAGGCAGGCGUGGACUGUCUGACCCUCGGUCAGUACAUGCAGCCCACAAAGCGCCAUCUGAAGGUGGAGGAGUACAUCCCCCCGGAAAAGUUUGCUCACUGGGAGAAGGUCGGGGCCGAUAUGGGAUUCGUGUACACAGCCAGCGGGCCGCUGGUUCGCUCCUCCUACAAAGCAGGUGAAUUCUUCCUGAAGAAUCUCCUGAAGAAGAGAAAAGAAGAAAUCUCCGCAGCAGAGGGAGACGUUUCCUAAAAGCAGCUCAUUUAGUUUCUCUUCUAGUCGCUACAGCAGAGUCCGAGUCGUCACAACGAUCCAGUAUUUUCAGCAGGAACCUCGCUGAUCAGUCCGGAUAAAGGGAGCAGGAAGUAUUCAGAUUUAACCGACCUGGAAAUGACACCAAUAGGGAUACUAGUUUUCCCGCCUCCUCCUGUAGCUGCUCUGAAGCUGGCCUGGACGAUCAAAGAGGAACAGAGGAGACGAACCGGUUUCCUCCCCCGGCUGAAAAUACGACCUGGAGCUCCUAAAUCAGCCUCAGCGGCUCCCGCCUCCAUCUGGACCCGAGUUAAAAGCUCUUUAGCAGCAAGUCCUGUUUAGUGCUCUGAUGUUUUGUUGCUUUAUUUAUGAUUUAAAGAGGCAGGGGGUCAUUAAAACACUAAAAUUAAGUAGUGGACGAUAAAAAGAAACAAAUCUGUUGUACUCGUUUCUAAAUGUCUGUGAAAUUGAAUAGAUCUUUUCAACAUUUAUGGAAAAUUAAAAAAAAAAAAAUGGUAAACAUGUCUACUCGACUCUUUGGGAUUCAAACUUACAAAGAUUUAUUGGAAUGUAUAAAAAGGUAUAUUUGUAAAGAAUUACAAGUCUUCGGUACAAAUUAAAGACUUGCGUUUUAUUGCAUUGGCCCUUUAGGUGAACUCUCUGGUGCAGAGAGGUUAACGUACAGCAACAUGAUUUAUAAAAAUAGCUGUUUAAAAAAAAAA